CUGUUUGCAAUAACAUUGACAGGAUAAACCGACGGUUCGUUUGGGGAGAAGAGGAAGGUCAAACGAAGUUCCACCCGGUUGGGUGGGAACAACUCACUCUUCCUAAAGACCAAGGAGGCGUUGGAAUCAGACCAACCAAGCUGGCUAACCAAGCAAUGCUAGCUAAAGGAGCUUGGAAGCUAGCUACGGGAGAUUCGACCCUAUGGGUUCAAGUGAUGAGGAACAAAUACGGGGGACAGAGACAAGGGCUGCAAAUUCUCAGGAAAACAAAGGGAGGAUCCUUCGCUUGGAACAGUUUUACACAAACUGUAGACCUCCUGCGCAAGGGAGCUGCUAUUAAUGUUAAAAAUGGAAAACUAACUAAGUUUUGGACUGAUAUCUAGGCUAUGCAGGUACCACUCUUGGAGGUAACUACUAUGGAGGUGCCUAUGGAGGUCAGAAGCAGAUCAGUUGCUGACUAUUGGGAGGAGGAAGGCGGAUGGAGAUUUGAGGACUUCGAAGGUUAUCUUCCACCUGAAGCCAUCAACAAGAUCCGAUCAAUACUUCUUGAUCCAUUAACCAGCAAUGAGGACACUAUGUUUUGGAAGCACACUGCAAAUGGCUUAUUCAGCGCCAAGUCCGCUUUCCAGACCUACUUUGCAGAAGCUGCUCCUCAAGACUCAGCCUUCUGGAGACGGAUAUGGAAGUUGCAUUGCCCUGAAAGAGUUCGAUUCUUUGUUUGGCUUGCAACCAAGGAGAAGUUAUCCACAAACAGUCGCCGCAAAAUACGACAUUUAACCUUGGAUGACAAAUGUCCCAUUUGCAAGCAUACUGCAGAGACAAACGUGCAUUGCCUCAGAGAUUGCACUCCGACUAGGAAGAUUUGGGAGGACCUCGUUCCGCCUCAUGAACAUAACACCUUCUUCGCGGAAGAUCAUACAUCCUGGUUCCAGAUGAAUCUUAAUAUGAGGGACAGCGGGGAGAGGCAUGAGGAUUGGCCCAGCUUCUUCGCGUUAGUAUGCUGGUAUAUUUGGAAAUAUCGUAAUGAAUACAUUUUUCAGGGCAAGAAGCUGGCGGGCUCCUCCUUCAUCAACUACGUUAAGAGCAAGGCUACAGGAUGGUUGCAGGCUUGGGAGAGGACUUCCCUUCAGCUUGAUUGCAACAGCAAGCCUACUCGGACAGAUCGUCUUGUUUGCUGGGGUGCUCCUCCGAGGGGUUGGAGUAAGAUGAACACAGAUGGUGCUGCUCAAGGAAGCACGGGUAUGGCUACUGCAGGCGGAAUUCUCAGGGACAGUGAUGGGGAUUGGCUUGGAGGCUUCUGCUGCAAAAUUGGCACUGGCUCUGCUAUUCUGGCCGAACUUUGGGGAAUUCAUCAAGGAUUGUUAACGGCUUGGAAUCAGAACACUCAGUUUCUCAUUCUAAAAACCGACUCGCAGCUUGCUAUUGAGUUAAUUAGAAAGCGUGAAGAUCCAGUUCAUCCCCACUCUACCAUUUUGACGGCUAUUCGCAGAUUGAUGGCGCAGAACUGGGUGGUGCAAUUAGUUCAUACGUACAGAGAAGGGAAUAGAGCCGCGGACUGGCUCUCGAAGCACAGUCUCGUCUAUCCCUUUGGUACGCAUGAACUAAUGAACCCGCCUAGUCAGCUUCAGCAAAUCCUUCUUGAAGACACUUUAGGGGUGAGCUUCCCCAGAAUGGUUGUGCAAACUCAGAAUUAAUGUCUGGCUGUAAUAUGUAGGUUGAGGACUGUUCCUCCUUUGACUUGCCAGCUGUUAGGUUGUACCUUUGAGCCCCUUUCUUUGUAACCAUUGGCGUCUCGCCUCCCUUUUCUCAAAAAAAAAAAAAAGAAUCAAAACAUAACUAGCUUCUUGUAAUAUCUAUUGUUUACGCUAUGUAUGACAACAACAACAACAACAACAACAAAACACACAGAGGCAGCAAAUUACAGUAGACACAACCGUAUAGAAUUAAGGGUAAAUACAAUAUAUUAGCCACAACUAUUAAUAAAGGGAAAUUAUAGUCAUAACUAUCGAAAUACAAAUUAUUAGUAAAAUGUUAAGUCUCUGUUAGUCAUUUCGUUAGUAAUAUUGACUAAGUUUUUACGAUCCUGCUGGCUCCCACGUGGCAGACAAUCAGUGGCGGAGCCAGAAAAUUGACCAAGAGAGUGUUUUUUUCAUAGCAUAAAAAAUUACUUAUAUAAUAGAAAAGUCAACAACGCAAUACUCUAAAUUCAUACAAUUACAUAAAAAUGGUUUCACGUA